GCCAACGCCCCCACAGCCCCGAUUCGUGGACAGCCUCAUCCUCAGACGAAUGCUAUCUUCACUGGCCUCGAGCACAAAAUGCUGUGGCCGAGCGGAUGAGAGGAAGAUGGCUGCCACCAGCCUCAGCUCCUGCUCCUCCCUGCCCAGGGCUACUGCAAAACUAGCAGGACUACCAAGAUCAUCGUCGUACUACACCCAGCUGACCUUUUGCUCGAGGCAUCCCUUCGAGAAGGCGGCGGCAGCUGCAGCCUUCCAGAAGCUCCCACCCGAGCUCCUCCGGCUGAGCUACCCGGCGAGGAAUAGCAAGCAUGCAAGAACCAGCUGCCGGCGGGCCACGGACAACGACCAAGCGGCGCCGGCCGCGGCGCAAGAAACAACAGCCAACACCCCUCCUCUCCCAGGCUCUCCCGUUCCCAGCGCGGAGAGAUCCCCGGUGACGCCCGGCAAUAACGGCCAGCCGCAGCAGCCGGUCGCCAACGCCAACGGCAGCGCGCCGAGCGAGCCGCCGAAGCGGGCGCCGCUGACUGCGCGGGAGCGGCUGCGGGCGGCGCGCGUGCUGGGCAAGUACGCGGAGCCAUCGGCGAAAGGCUCGUCGUCGUCGUCGAAACCGGCCAAGCCGGAGUUCGGGAGCGGCGUGCUGGACGCGCUGCGCGAGGCGGACGCGAAGAAGGGCGGGGGCGGUGGCGGCCGGCGCGGGUCGCGGCUGCCCGAGGCGCCGGGCAACCUGUUCGACGACAGCAAGCGUGGGAUGCCCAAGGACGGGUGGACGUUCGAGCUGCCGUUCGGGGUGGACGUGUUCCUCGUCCUCGUCUCCUUCACGCUCAUCACCACCAUCAUGUUCGGCACCGCCUUCCUCGUGUGGAAGCUCGGCGCCAUACACUUCAACGAGUACUAGCCUGUUGUAGACUGUCUCUAGAUUUAUGGGGGAUAAAUAAAGGGCGAUUAUUCAGUGGUUCUUGAAGUGUUAGAUGAGAGAAUUGCGUGGCUUUGUACUGUACUAUAUUUGAUCGCCAACACCGGUUUGGCGCAGAUUUUUGAGAGAAUAUAGAAAUGUUGAAUGUUUGCAC